UGAAUAAAAAAAAGUAAGACUGAAGUCCAUUGCACUUCCCUCCUACACUACUUUUCCCCAUUAUAUUGGCUCCAAACGGAGUGAACCCCAACACUCCUUGAAGCAAACGCUAUGGAGCCCCUCGCCAAUGCUUUCUCUGUCCUUGACCUUGAUGCUGAAGACGAUGAUCAAGCCCGAGAGGCGGCGGCAGCAGCGGCGGAGGCCUCCAACGCUUCUGAACCCAAACACGGAGCGUCCAGUUCUGGCAUGAAAGAUGACAAAGCAAGCAACCAUGACAGCGAGGCAAAGGAGGAAAAAAGCAAACAUAAUAUCCCUUCAACAGAGUAUAAGAUGCCUCUUGUUUGGAUCGACUUAGAAAUGACUGGUUUGAAUGUCGAAGUUGAUCGGAUACUGGAGAUUGCUUGUAUAAUUACCGAUGGCAAUUUGAACAAACAAGUGGAGGGUCCUGAUUUGGUUAUCCACCAAACUAAAGAAUGUUUAGACAGAAUGGGGGAAUGGUGUCAGAGUCAUCACGCAGCUAGUGGGUUGACCAAAAAGGUGAUCCACAGUACCAUUAGUGAAAGAGAAGCAGAAAAUCAGGUUAUUGAAUUUGUUAAGAAAAAUAUUGGCACAUAUACACCUCUUUUAGCAGGAAAUACAGUCUAUAUGGAUUUCAUAUUCAUAAAGAAAUACAUGCCAGAAUUAGCUAGCCUUUUCUCCCAUGUUGUAGUUGAUGUCAGCAGUGUGAGAGCUCUCUGCAUUCGUUGGUAUCCCAGAGAUCAAAGGAAAGCCCCAAUUAAAGAAAGUAAACACAGAGCAAUGGAUGAUAUCAGGGAAAGCAUCAUGGAACUCAAAUACUUCAAAGAGAAUAUAUUUAAAGCUUCAAAGUCAAAAAGGUGAUGGGGAGAUGGAUGUGGGUUUAAGUGUGAAUUUUCAGUGUGGGGGUCUAAUUUUCCAUGGUACUUCCACCUAGGUCUCUUUUCUAAUUUGUGAAAUUUGGUAUAAACAUUUUGUUCAAACAAUCCUGCAUAGUGCAGCGAUUUUGGUUUAUUUGGGGAAAACCCCAACCUAGUGUAAAUGUACCAUCACAAACGUACAAACUUAUUUCUCCUGGAAUUUAUCUCAUCUUAGACCAUUUUUUCUCCUA